AUGACUGAUGUUCUUCGUUAUCUGUCAUGUUUAAACAUUCAGUUAGAUCAAAUCGAUCGAUUGAAUGUAAUUCACGUAGCUGGUACGAAAGGAAAAGGCUCCACGUGUGCAUUUACCGAAUCGAUUUUACGACAGUAUGGAUAUAGGACGGGAUUUUAUAGUUCGCCACAUCUGAUCGAAGUUCGUGAACGGAUUCGACUUGAUGGAGAAUUGUUAUCGAAAGAGAAAUUUGUGCAUUAUUUUUGGAAAUGUUAUAAUCCUAUUCGCGAUGCUGUGCAAAAAUCAAAGGAAGAAGAUCCGCUACCCAUGCCAUUCUAUUUUUCUUUCCUCACAACGAUGAUGUUCUAUGUUUUUGUUCACGAACAAAUCGAUGUCGCUAUUGUCGAAGUAGGUAUUGGUGGCGAACAUGAUUGUACAAAUGUUAUCAAAACACCAGUUGUAUGUGGAAUAACGUCAUUGGGCUUGGAUCAUGUUUCUAUAUUAGGCAAUACAAUUGAUAAAAUAGCUUGGCAAAAGGCAGGGAUUUUCAAAAAAGGUGUUCAAGCUGUUACAGCACCGCAAUUACCAGAAGCAAUGCGUGUUCUAAUCGAACGUGCUGAAGAAAAACAGUGCACAUUAACACUAGCACCGCCAUUAAAUCAUUACCCAAAUUAUCCAUUUCAUCUUGGGCUUAAUGGUGAUGUACAAGAAACAAAUGCGGCAUUAGCAAUACAAUUGGCCUUUCAUUGGUUAAAUGCCCGAGCAGAUCAAUCUUAUGAUAAACUUAUGGAGGCAUCGUUGAGUACCAAAAUUCUUCAGGGCUUAGCAACGUGUCGUUGGUCAGGUCGAAAUGAAAUUGUCGAAACGGAUACUGCAACAUAUUAUCUCGAUGGUGCACAUACAAUCGAAUCGAUUGAACAAUGUAAAAAUUGGUUUAUGAAUUCCAUAUCUAAGCAAGACGCAUCUACACGAAAUAUUCUUUUAUUCUAUUGCUCAAAUGACCGAAACCCAGAAAUACUACUUCAACCUCUAAUGUCAUGUAAAUUCGAUUGUGUUGCUUUUUGUUCACCAACAACAUCAUUAUCAUCCGUUUCCAGCAAUAGUAAUAAUCAAACUGGUUCGAAAUUCAGCAACGAUCAAUGGCGAGCAUCGAAAACUAUCAACGAUGAAAUCGGCCGCCUUUCCUUACAUGUUGCUGCUUUCGAACAGCUCUGGUUAUCCACCAUAGAAAAUCAAACCAAUAUGCCAUCGAUGCAUUGUUUUCACAGUGUAGCACAAGCACUAGCAUGGAUUGAUGAGAGCAAACUAUCCAAACCAUCCGUUCUCGUCACUGGCAGUCUUUACUUAGUCGGUGCUUUGUUGAAAUCACUUGAAGAAAACCAUGCUGAAAUUUCAAUUUUCUGUAAUAAUACGACACAUUCGUUCUCUUUUGUCACAAAUAAAAGUAAGACCAAGAAAAGAAUUUUGUAG